AUGGAUGCUGCAUACAUCCCCGUAGUUUUAUACUACUUGGGCAACGACUGCAGUGCCAUAAUAAAACAUCUGAAGGAGUCACUCUCUCGAACUCUAGUCACCUUCUACCCCUUUGCCGGAAUUAUCAGAGAUGCUCUCUCUGUAGAUUGCAACGACCAAGGCCUUCCAUUCGCCGUCGCCAAAGUGAAGGCCCGAUUGAGUGAUUUUCUACAAAACCCUAAUGUUGAAUUGAUGAACAAGUUCUUUCCAGGUGAUGAGAAGAAACCAGUUCUAGGUGAUAGCGUUAUGCUGAUUCAAUUGAACUGUUUCGAUUGCGGUAGCAUAGCCUUGUGUAUCAAGUUUCAUCAUGUAAUUGCAGACAUAGUUUCGGUUUCCAUAUUUCUCCAAUGUUGGGCUGCCAAUGCACAAGGAUUAGGGUUUGCUCCCUUGAAUCGAGUAGCCCAAUCUUCCUUUCCACAGAAUCCCUCCCUGCCAAACAACUUAUUACCUUUCAGCUAUCUUCACAACGAAUACUUGAGCGUCGGAAAGUUUGUGCUGAGAAGGUACAUUUUUGAUGCCUCGACCCUAUCCAAUCUUAAGGCCGAAAUGGGUAGCUCUAGCCCUAGCUCCACUGUGUCGCGAGUGAAUGUGGUGACCGCUGUGAUAUGGAAAUGCUUCUUGGAGGCGGUGGCCGCCGAGAAGGAUGUGAAACCUGUGGUAAUGACUCAAGCGGUCAACAUUCGGAGAAGGGCGACGCCCCCAUUUCCAGAUGAUAGUUUUGGUAAUUUAGUGUGGCAGGCCGUGGGCUUGUGGAGCAACCAUGUAGAAAAGGAGUUGACGGAGUUGGCGAGGGAGGUGAAAAAAGGGAUAACAAAAAUAGAUGGUGAGUUUGUGAGACGAUUGGGGAGCGAUGGUGUAUAUGAAAUUUUCGAGGCAUUUAGGAAUGAGAUGCCUCAAGAAGCUACUUGGCUUGCUUUCACCAGUUGGGCAAAUAUUGGUCUUUCCGAGGUUGAUUUUGGGUGGGGAAAACCUGUGUGGAUGUCAUGUUUCAUUCCGCAAUCUGAAACUAUGGUUGGAAAUAAUUUUGUCAUCUUAAAGGAUUCCAAUUGCGGAGGAAUAGAAGCUUGGGCGAUUCUUGAUAAAAAAUAUGUUGCGGGGUUUGAGAAAAAUUAUCAUAUUCAAAAAUAUGCUCGCUGUAAUCCUAGUAUCAUUUGA